CGGAUGUCGAUACGACUCGGUCUCAUCUUUAGCUUUCUCUUUUUAAUGCCAUUCCGCUUCCUCCUAAUAACACACCCCAGCUAAACUGAUGGUCGGCGUCUUGGGUACCGCUGUGACACUCAUGUCACCGUCAGUAGGGCCUCGCGCUGCUGAAGCAACCGUGCGGUGAUGAUCGGUUAUUUCCAGAGAUGUAGCCGAGGCUGCUCACCUCCGUUACUCGGAAACUCAGACAUUUCUGCGGAAAGUUUUUCUACUCGGAUGGAAGAAGCUCUGAAACAAAGCGUCAGCAGCUGGGUGGUUUUUCUCCCACGUUCUGCAAUGAUAAAGGGUGCCCGGCUUUGAGCAGCACAAUGUCUUGGGGGGAGUUCAUUGAGCUUCAUGACUUGACGUCAAGCAAGGAGCAGAUAGAGCUGACAGGCAAACAUCUGCCAUGCUCACCUCCACGUCUGGAAAGAACAAAUGCCCUUAGGAUCAGCCCAGGAAAGGUCCCAGACCUCCUUAGUCGGGCCGGCAUUAUCAGGGUCCUGAGCAGUACCCAGGACCCCCAACUCACAGAGGAAAAAGGAGAGGGUCACAACUUCCAACCCUGCAGCCAUGCUCAGCCCACGUGGUGUGACUUGUGUGGAGACUUCAUCUGGGGCCUUUACAAGCAGAGCCUGCGGUGUGUCAACUGCAGAUUCACAUGCCACUACCGCUGCCGUGCCUUGAUUCAGCUGGACUGCAGCUGGGAAGGAAGCUCUGCAGCUGACCACAUAAGUGUUGUGGAGCACACCAUAGAAACAGACACCAAUGUGGAUGAACAAACUGAAUGGGGAAAGCAGGAGUUGACAACUGCAGACAUUCAGCAGAAGGUGAAGGAGUACAAUGCUCAGAUCAACAGCAAUCUGUUCAUGAACAUGAACAAGGAUGGCUCCUAUACUGGCUUUAUAAAGGUGCAGUUUAAGCUGGCACGACCCGUGUCAGUUCCAACUCCAAAGAAAGGUCAAGUUGCAGGAGGGAGGAAGUCCAGCGGGGUAAAGCGUCGCACCUCCUUCUACCUGCCAAAGGAUGCAUCUAAGCAUUUACACAUAAGUUCACGUACUUCUGCUCGUGAGGUCAUCGAGGCUUUGUUGAAAAAGUUCACUGUUGUGGACAAUCCUGGCAAGUUUGCACUGUUUGAGCGCAGUGAGCGUCAUGACCAAGUUUAUGUUCGCAAGCUGUCUGAUGAUGAACGCCCCCUCCGUCUGCGUCUGUGCGCUGGGCCUAAUGAGAAAGUCCUCAGUUUUGUGCUCAAAGAGAAUGAAACUGGUGAAGUCAAUUGGCAUGCCUUCUCCAUGCCUGAGUUGAAGAAUUUCCUGCGCAUUCUGCAGCGUGAAGAAGAAGAACACGUCAAGCAGAUUAUACAACGGUAUGCUUUGGCUCGCCGUAAGAUGCAGGAGGCUCUGUCGGGCUCAACCCCUGGCUGAAAGGACUCUGCAUUGAGGGUUCAACAUGCACCUCCUGGCUGGAUAAUUAUGACUGGUCGUCGCUGCAUGCAAAGAUCCCAGAGAAUAAACACCGGAAAACGUCUCUUCAAUGAUCAAGAGAGUGAGCUAGGGCGCAAGACAAUAAGAGAAAGAGCUAGCGCGAAUGUGCGUGUGAAAUGAUGCGAGAGAUGAGAAGUGCCUCACACCUGGAGAGUCUGAUGUGCCUGAGAAAAGAGCGAAAGAAUGAGUUGAGAAGAAUGGAGACUGGCAGAUGAGUCAGUGGUCGUAUCCAGUUAUGUCUUUGCAUAACGGGUACCAUCUGAUUAUCCUGUACCUCAGCUGUAUCACUUAAGCUUAAAAAAUGAAUGCCAAACAUAUGGGUAUUUUAAUUAAAAAAAAAAAAACUGCCAAUCAUACA